AUGAGCAGGGACCUGGAUCCGAACUGGAGAAACUGGGAUGUGAUUGGCUGUGCAAGUGGCUGCUUUCAGUUAUUUAGUCAGACAGAAAGGAAUAAACAAAAAAGUAAACAAUUUAAAGGCUAGGAUGAUAAUUACUGAUGGUUUAAAAUACUAAAAACGAGGAGGAAAUAAGUUUGAGAAACCAGAGGAGACUAUGCCAUUGGCUGACACCACACCCACACCUACCCACCCAGCCCUCCUGCCCACCCGCCCAACUGCCUCUGCUCUUUGCUACCUCUGGCUGCCCAAGACCUCAUCAGAGAGCUGUCUUGGACUGAGGAAAACUUGUUCCAAUACCUGUUAGUAUGUGGAGAUUACUGUGCAGUUCUACGUGUGCAAACACUUGUCUCACCCUAGGGUAUUAAAAGGCAUAUCAGAAACUGCCACUGAAGUAGCACCCAGAUAAAAAUCCUGGAAGUAGAAAAAGAUGAGAGAAAAUUCCAGGUAACUGAGGCUGCUGUUGCUCCACACUGAGAGGUGGGAGGUCAGGACAGACCCGGCCAAGGGGAGUGCAGUGGUGCCAGAGCGGGGGGGGGGAGGUCGUUUUGGUUAAUCCGUUUGGGUUUGGUUUUGCAUUCUGUCGCCCAGAUGAUAUCUGCGGGGACCUUUUGGUGGAAGGGACUCAUUUGACUCAUUUUCAUUUGGCUUCUUUGAAGACUGUUGAGAACUUUUUGGGAACUAAAGAGAAACAGAAGUUAAGACCUGAGUCUGAGUGUCACCCGAGUGUGGUGUUGUAUGUUGUGUAUGUGUGUAAUCUGUAGCUUUCUUGUAUCUCUGCAUGAUUUUGUGCUUGGGCUUCUAGUAUCAUUAUACACACGUUUCAUCUUCAUGAAGGUGAAUGCUGAACUCAGGUGUCAUUUUCUUCAAUAUAUUUUGAGAUGAUACGAAGGCUUUCCUAUUUAUAAGUAAUGAUUUAGCAAUUAAUUUGAAGUAUGUUUUAGUUUUUUAGAGUAUUCUCAGUUUGAGGUUACUUAAGGACAAUAUGGAUAAUAAAACUGUAGAAUGCUUUACGUGGGAAUGAAAGUGAAGAUUUUUGUUUGUUUCUCAAAUAAAAGUAGAUUCUUAGGAGUUGGUGACUGAGAAGACUGACUCAGGUGGUAAAUAAUGAAGACGGUUUCUGAAUCUCACACUGGAGAGCCUGGGAAAGUGUUGGGGGAAAUGAGAGGCUGAUUUGGCGUAAGAAGGCGUUUGGCUUUGAGCAUGCUUUGAGUCAAGUGUCCGUGGGGCCAGCAGGUAGAAGGUGUGCACCUCACAAGGGGAACUGGCAAAGGGAGCUGGGGCAGAAGCGUAGGGAAUGCCGGAUCCUGGCGUAUCAUCCCUUGCACAUAUCUUUGCUGUUUGUAUAUGCAUAACUUAAAUGCUUUUGAGUAGUGCAUGAGAGCCAUUGUGUGCUGUGCAAAUUGUGCUGUCACAGAAAGAAAUGGCCCUUCACGUCUCAGAGGAGCCUAGUCCCUAGCAGUGGAAUAAGAAGGGUGGGGGAACGUUGGCCCUUUAGCAUGACUGUUUUAGUGACGUGAGCAGAAAGUGUGUCAAUCUGGAACUCCCUGUGUACGAGGUGUUGGGGAAGCCUUUUGUAUCCGUGGGUUUACUUUUCACAUAAUCCUGUGCGUUACGGAUUACUGUCCUUGUUUUCCAGAUGACCAAAAUGACGUAGAAGUGACUAAGUAAUGGUCAGUGCGAGGGUUUGAACCAGGCGGGUGUUCCUUCUAUUAGGAGUUUUAUUGUCUCAUAUUUUUCCUUCUUUUCCACUAACACUUAUCAGAUGGCUUAUAUUGUAAUAGAUCUUUUAGUUGUUUGCUUUCAAAUACCUGCAAUUUUCAGGUUUAGCUAGAGAUGGGUACAUUUCCUCACCCAUGCUUUGUGCAUGCAUUUGCACUGCUCCACAGCCUAAGACGGCGUCUCAGAACUCCAGGGUAGGAACACUGUGCUUCCUCGGUGUGGGCUAUCUCCUCAGGACUCAGAUUUGGUAAUAUUUUCUUUAUUUUUCUCCUAAAACAAAACAAAAACACCCUGAUCCUGAAGUUUCUUACCAUUGGCCAACACCCAGGGGUCCUAAGAAGAUUCGUAUUGAACAUUUAGUCUCCCAGGAGGAUGUGUUGUGCAGCUGAGAGCGUGGUUGCUCUGUUGCAUGCACUGUUCACAUACUUCCUUUCUUUCAUAUUGCUCUUUGUUUGGAAAAUGUCACAAGAAAAUAGGAAUUUCCCCUCACUCUUACCCCUCCGGCAUGCUUCAGUAACGUUCCUGACCCUGUCCUGGCUAGUACCCCUUCUCGCUAGCAGUUGAAAUUCUGCUUAUGUGCUAAAAAGGGGAUUCCAGACAGACGAGGAAACGGCUUUCAGAUGCUGCCUUGCAGCCGUACUGGCUUCUCCCCCACUGUGCCGUCUGGAAAUCGGGGAGCACCUCUCUACUGAUGAAUUGUAAUGAGUCACUUAGGAUGCCGGAGUGUGCUCCUGGACCUGCGUUUGCUUUCUGCUCCUCCUUGCUUGCUUUUCCCAGGCCCCCUCUUCUCCCUGUUUCCCCUCCUACUUCUUUCCGCCUCCCCCCACCCCCCGUGUCUCAGUUCUGCAGUACACAGGGCUGAGCCACAUUCCUGCUUUGCAAGGCUUUCUGUUAAGGAUGUAUUGUGGCUUUUGUUUGGAUUGCAGCAUGCAGAAUUACAGGAGUCCCCUCAGGACAGCGCUAUCACUCGAGAUAUCAAUCGGACAUUCCCAGCACAUGACUACUUCAAGGACACCGGGGGAGAUGGGCAGGAUUCCUUAUAUAAAAUAUGCAAGGCCUACUCUGUGUAUGAUGAAGAGAUUGGCUACUGCCAGGGCCAGUCGUUCCUUGCUGCUGUGCUGCUCCUGCAUAUGCCUGAAGAACAGGCAUUCAGUGUUCUGGUCAAGAUCAUGUUCGACUAUGGACUCAGGGAACUUUUCAAGCAAAAUUUUGAAGAUUUGCAUUGCAAAUUUUACCAGUUGGAGCGCCUCAUGCAGGAGUACAUUCCUGACCUGUACAACCACUUCCUGGACAUCAGCCUCGAAGCACACAUGUACGCCUCGCAGUGGUUUCUGACGCUCUUCACUGCCAAGUUCCCUCUCUACAUGGUGUUCCACAUCAUCGACCUGCUCUUGUGUGAGGGAAUCAGUGUUAUUUUUAAUGUCGCCCUCGGAUUGUUAAAGACUUCCAAGGACGAUCUGCUGUUGACUGACUUUGAAGGCGCCUUGAAGUUCUUCAGGGUUCAGCUGCCCAAGAGAUACCGCUCAGAAGAAAAUGCAAAAAAGCUGAUGGAAUUGGCUUGCAACAUGAAGAUCAGUCAGAAGAAGUUAAAAAAGUAUGAGAAAGAGUAUCUCACCAUGCGGGAACAGCAGGCCCAGCAGGAGGACCCCGUCGAGCGAUUUGAGAGGGAGAAUAGACGUCUACAAGAAGCUAACAUGAGGUUGGAACAGGAAAACGAUGACUUGGCCCAUGAGCUGGUGACCAGCAAGAUUGCGCUGCGCAAGGACCUGGACAACGCUGAAGAAAAGGCCGACGCGCUGAAUAAGGAGCUGCUGAUGACCAAGCAGAAGCUGAUUGACGCGGAAGAGGAGAAGAGACGGCUGGAAGAUGAGUCUGCUCAGUUGAAAGAAAUGUGCCGCCGGGAACUCGACAAGGCGGAAUCUGAGAUUAGAAAAAACAGCUCCAUCAUCGGUGACUACAAGCAGAUUUGUUCACAGUUGAGUGAAAGAUUGGAGAAGCAGCAGACAGCUAAUAAAGUAGAAAUUGAGAAAAUUCGGCAAAAAGUGGACGACUGUGAGCGCUGCCGGGAGUUCUUCAGCAAAGAAGGGCGUGUGAAGGGCGUCCGGCCAGCCCAGGAGGUGUCAGACCAGGAUGCUGAUGAGGAGAAGGAGCUGCUGAGGAACCAGCUGAGGGAGAUGGAGCUGGAGCUGGCCCAGACCAAGCUGCAGCUGGUGGAGGCUGAGUGUAAGAUCCAGGACCUGGAGCACCAUUUAGGCCUCGCCCUCAGUGAGGUGCAGGCAGCCAAGAAGACAUGGUUCAACCGAACUCUGAGCUCCAUCAAGACGGCAACCGGGGUCCAGGGGAAGGAGACAUGCUGAGCACCGCUGCUGCCCCGACUCCUCCUCGGGACACACAGCACCCCUCGAUGCCUUCUUCGGCCGGACGUGUGAUUCUGACAUGUCCCAGGACCAGAAAGGACUGAAGUGCGGCCUGUAACACAUGUUGGUAGGUCCCUGGAGUUCACCGAGCAGGCAGCCCCUGGGGCCGGCGCGCCUAACUACUCACACCCCGAAGUCACUCCUCGGCGUGGCCCCCGGGCCUCAGCCCCACCCAGCCUGGAGGUUGGGGUUACGUUAUCGGAGUUGGGGGGGUCCUUCAGUUGUGUUGGGCUUUUUUUCCUCUAAACCCAUCAUUUUUAAAGAAAAUACACACACAUAUAUGGGGGUGGGGGAGAGCGGGGAUCCUUCGCUGCUUCAGCCCCGCGCAGCCCAGGUGGGCUGGGGACACACCUCGUGUGCAACAGGAGGGUCUCCGCGGCGCAAGCGCAGAGUUGGUAGACCAUCUGAUGCACAGGUUUUCGUUUGGCAUCACUCACAUCUCUGAUCAACUCUAUGCAACUCUAGUAGUUUCUAUUAAUGUAUUGGAAUUAGUUGCCAAAAGGCCGCGACGAGCCUGGGGGGCGGGUGGCCACGGACGGACCGAGGCAGCUGCUCACUGCGCGACGUGGCCCGUGGAUAUUCAUGUCAGCACUCCCGGUGCCCGCGCCGAGCACCGCGCUGCACACGGUAACCACGUGGUGGCUGCCAGGCCGUGGGCGCUGCCCCGCGCCCGCGGGCUCAGACUCCCUCACUGGAAGGGCAGCGUGACGAGGGAAGGCCACGCUGUGUGACCGGCUCAGUGCGCGGCUUCGGCCGUGGCCAGCUGUGACCUGGAGGUGUGGUACCUUUACCAGUUUUUUAAAGCUUUUAAUUUAUGUGGUGAUGUGCUGACAGACCGUCUCGCGGACGCUUCUGCCCUCGCGCUCCCCGUGGAGCUGCCUGGGGAGGCACUGGUUUGUACAUACACCGGGUGUUUCUGUCUCUUCUUGUUGACUAUACUAACGCUUGCUGCGGUCAUCUGUGAGGAGGGAGGGGACGAGUGGCAGCCCCCCCGCCGCUUGCCGUGUCCUUGUUCAGUCACGAACGACUGUAAGCCCGUCUAAUGCUAGGUGCGUGGAUACUGUGCUAGGGUAGUUCCAGUGUGUCCAAUUGAUGAACUGAGAUAUAAACAAGUAAAAUUGUAUUACUA